GCCCUGCAGGACUUGAGGAGCAGCCUGCAGACAGUGUCAGACGUACUGCUGGUCAUUGAGGGUGCUCCACAGCCACACGUGGAUCUUGCAUCUUUUACACAGUGGUGCUUUAAUGUAAAACAGAAGCAGCUGGAGUGUUGGCUUGCCUCUGAAGUGAGUGUGCUGGCUGCUGCCUGCCUUGCUUCUGGACCCAGGGAUCCUGGAUUACUUGCUGCUUUCAGGAGUCAAGGGACAUAAGGGACAUUGUUGCGUGAUAGAAUGGAUGAACAAUCACAAGGGAUGCAGGGGCCUACUGCUCCACCAUUUCAGCCACAGAAAGCCUUACGACCUGACAUGGGCUACAAUACCCUUGCCAAUUUCCGAAUAGAGAAGAAGAUUGGCCGUGGGCAGUUCAGUGAAGUUUACAGAGCAACCUGCCUGCUGGAUGGGGUACCAGUGGCUCUGAAGAAGGUUCAGAUAUUUGAUUUAAUGGAUGCCAAAGCCCGUGCUGACUGCAUCAAAGAAAUAGAUCUUCUUAAGCAACUGAAUCAUCCCAAUGUAAUUAAAUAUUAUGCCUCCUUCAUUGAAGACAAUGAACUGAACAUAGUGUUGGAAUUAGCAGAUGCUGGAGAUCUCUCUAGAAUGAUAAAGCAUUUUAAGAAACAGAAGAGGUUGAUUCCUGAAAGAACAGUUUGGAAGUACUUUGUUCAGCUUUGCAGUGCCUUGGAACAUAUGCAUUCUCGUCGUGUUAUGCAUAGAGAUAUAAAGCCAGCAAAUGUGUUCAUCACAGCUACAGGAGUAGUAAAGCUGGGAGACCUUGGACUUGGUCGAUUUUUCAGCUCCAAAACCACAGCUGCACAUUCUUUAGUUGGUACACCUUAUUAUAUGUCUCCAGAGAGAAUACAUGAAAAUGGUUACAACUUCAAGUCUGACAUCUGGUCUCUAGGCUGUCUGCUGUAUGAGAUGGCUGCACUGCAGAGUCCCUUUUAUGGUGAUAAAAUGAACUUGUACUCUCUGUGCAAGAAGAUAGAACAGUGUGACUACCCACCUCUCCCUUCAGAUCACUAUUCAGAGGAACUGCGACAAUUAGUUAAUAUGUGCAUCAACCCGGAUCCGGAGAAGCGCCCAGACAUCACCUACGUGUACGAUGUAGCGAAACGCAUGCACGCACACACCGCCAGCAGCUGAGCGCCAGCAGAGCCCGGCACAGGAGCAGCCAGAACCAAGGGCUUCCAAUGAAUCAUCCCACCUCUCCGUGUGUGUUACACAAAUGUAAUUAUUUGAGGCUUACUGUUGUGCUUUGAAUUGUAAACCAAUUUAUAUACAAGCUUCGUUGCUUUCUGUUUAUCUCUGGGUUUUGUGUUUUUUCCUAACUUGCAGUUGUACAACAGGUUUAAAUGUGUAAAGCGUCAUUUGAAGAUGCUGUGAACCGCUGUUUCCAUGUUAGUGGGUUCAAGUAUACUUUCUGUAAUAACAAAAUUGUAUUCAGUUGGGCCUUAGUUCUAAAACACAGUUGCACUUUUGCACAUGAUACAGAUAUUAGGCUUAUUAUCAAGAAGCAAAAUGUCUGAAUCUCUCACCUUUUUAGUAAUUUAUGGGAAGUAUGAAUCAGCACAGUUAACUUUAUUUUAAUCUUCGUUCCAAGAGGAACAUAAUUAUUACGGGAGCUUAUUGUAUUUUAUAUUUAAUUGUAGUUUGCAGUUCUUGCUGUAAGAGUAGACAAGGAAUAGAAUUAGUUCUCUGCUUGCCAAAUGCAGAGGAAAAAUAAUUUCAGGAAAAUCGUCAUGCUGAAAUUUUUGCAAUGUCCCCUUUUGUUUUGUUAGUCUCUCUUAAAGCACAAAACAUUUGUUGGAGGUUUUCUGGGAAAAUUUAAGGUGUUGAUUCAGCAUUCGGGUCGUUUUCAAUAGACUUGUGCAGCACUGCCCUGGGGCAAUGGGAGUCUGCAUAGUUCAGUCUUAAAAACAUGCAGAUGCUUCUUGUAGCCAAUAGGGUUCUUUUGUGGCUGUCCUUUGAGCAGGUCUGAUUAAAAGAUGUGAUCUUUAAGUUACAACUUCCCAACUGUUUGUGUAUAUGUCACUGUUUGUAGAUUUUUGUGUUUAAAAUAGUUUUGAGUGACCUUACAGUAUAUUUAAAUUUUUUUUAAAUACUGAAAUCUUUUGGCAAAGAUGUAAUAGUCUGGUAUAACACAAAAGGUAUUCUACAUAAAUAUAUGAUCUUUGUAUACUAUAUCCUGAGACUUAGUUUUAUAUUUAGCAGAAGUAGAUUAUAGCUUUUAUGUUUAAGAGAAACUUGCCACGCCUUAAUUUGGAAAAUAAUUGUAUAUGCAAACUAUCUUACAGAUACUAUGUUAGUUUAAAAGGAGAUUCUGAUUAUUUUUGUUAGACCUUAGUGCCUUUUGGGGUGUGCUUAUAUAAUAUUUUCAUUGUUAGGAAAGGAAUGUGUCUGGUUUUUAAAUGUGGUAAAAAUGGAGUGAAAUGAAAUUCCUUGAGUUUCAAGACUGAACUUUUUUACGGAACUGUCAAAAGGUAAUUAUCAGUGAUAGCAGCUAGGGAGCUGUUACUGUCAGUGAAGUCUUUUUCUUUAUGUGGGUAAAAAGUUAGUUCAAAUAAAAGCAGAAGUAUGUACAUACAUAUAUAGGUUCUAGACGCAGUCACAUCCAAGCAUUCUCAGAUUUUUUUUUUGCUAGUUUGUUUCUCUGUGCAGGUGUAAUUUUUAUUUGGUAUAAUGCUCAAAGAAUAAAACAACAUUUGUGGAGUUUGUGUUCAAGGGAGGGGUCAGGGUUGUUUUCAGUUUUGUAUUUUUUAAAACUACCAAUACUAUGAAAAUUGUGUUUGGAAAAAAAAAAAAAGGGGGGGGACGUUUUUAGAUGGGAUGUGCCAGAUCAUUGGCUUAUCUUAAUACAUGCUUUUUUAUUUUGUGGUUCCAGGUUUUGUAGGACAAAUUGUAUGAAACUGUAGUUUUAUUUCUCACUUCUGUGUGCACUUAACCUUAUAGAACUUCAGUGGAACAGUUUGAUAGAAAGAAGUAUUUGAGAAAUUUUGGUUUGUCUAUAGCAACCGCUAGAUUUGUUUUCAUUUAUUAAAUGCUUAUAUAAUUUAAAACAUGGUUAUAUUCUGUAACAAUGUUUCACAUGUCAUAGAAUGAAAUGCUUUGUAUUGAAAAAGGCAGCACAAUAUUUGCUUGACUCCCUGAAUUAGUUCUUAAUAUGCACAAGUACGGAAAUAUUUUUUUGUCUGAAAUGUGCUAGAACAUUUAAAAAUCACUGAAAAGCUCUCAAAUGCAUUGCAGGCUAUUUGUAUCUAAUAUUAUGCAUAAAGUAUUGAACUUUUCCUGCCAGAAACUGCUGAUAGAUAUCCCUCCCCUGGAAGGGUAUGUUGAGUAAAAGAAUAAUGAGUUAGGAGUUAGCAAAUGUGCAUACAUAAGCAUUUAAUUUUUUUUUAGUAAUGUGGGAUUUUGUUGGUUUUUUUUUAGUAUUUAUGAUUAAAUAUUGUGCUGAGGAAAAGAAGUUUAUUUCUGACUUAAAAUCAUGUGAAAUGAAUGGUGCACCUGACUUUGAUACCAAACUCUAUAAUUAAAAAGCCAAUGUGGGUUAAUGGAACUGCUUACAUAAGUGGGGAUUGUAGAAUCUCUUCCCUAAAGUAAAAUACCUGGUAACAUAAAAAUUAUAAGUCUUGUUAUAACACUCCAAUGUAUACUAUGUGCUCAUGAAAUAUUUUCUUUUGUAAACCACCAUCCUAUUUUUCAUAUUUUAAUGAUAACAUUUGACACUAUUUAUUUUAAGCUAUGGCAUUAUGUGUUUAUUUUCUUUAAAGAAAAAAUGUUACAUUUCUACCCAAAAUGUCUGACCAGCUCCUCCUUUUAUUUCAGUAAUGCUCCAGUAUUAACUUGUGUCAGGAGUGAACUUUUUGUGCUUCAAAUGACAUUGCAUAAAAUCCCUUUGUCUCAGAAGCUCUCCUGCUGUGCCGUAGUCCAAUAGAAAUUCAACAUACAGAUAUUAAAUGUAAUGUAAUGUAAAAAUUAUAGUGUUUCUAUGAUAUUUUUUCAAACUUUUCUUUUUUAGAGAUAUAUAUGUGUUACAGUAGAUGCUGCCUAUCGUGUGGACAACUUACUGCUUCCAGUAUUUGAUUCUAGGUGAGAUUUCUUGACUGUAACGAAAGAUAGUACACUAAAAAAACCAAAAGUAUUAUUUGUUAAAAGAUUACCUAAAAAUACUACAUCCAGUAUGUUGUGUGUUUUAAAAGGAAAUUUUAAACUACAAUUUUAAGCUAAAUUUAAAAUAAUUUUCAAUAUUAAAGUAUGUGAUAAAGCAUAAAAAUAACAAAGAGCUCCCAUUGUGGCCCCAGUCCUGUGAGCUCUUGUUUAUAUUUCAGCUGGUUUUUAUGUAAUUUCAGUAAUUUUGAGUGAACCACAUCUACACACACGAAUUAACAGUAAUCAGUAGGGUAGAUAGAAAUUAUGUGCUCAGCUCACUUUUUAUACUCUGUGUGUCACUGGUUUUGUAGCAGGAAUAAUUUGGGUUUUUUCCCCUAUUUUGUUGCACUCCUAAUGAUCCAGCUCCCAAUUGUAUGAGCAGGCAAUAGAAGUGUGUUGUCUUUUUGUAAUGAGCAGAAACUUUAAAAACAUGCCAGUAUAGCAGAAGAUGAAAUGCAGUAUUAGAAGUGUCUGGGAAGGCUGGUGUUUUAUUCAUGCUCAUGAUUAAGAAAGCCUUAGAGUGAAAUUCCUGACAGUGGCUUGGAAAUGGAGAAGAACUUUUAUGCCAGUGGUUCUCAGAUAACUCUGAAUGGGACCCAAAAUCGCAGUGAUGUUUGUUUGCAGCAAUCUGUCUGCUUUAUCUCUUAUGUUUGCUGUUGCACAGUGUGGUGAGGAUCUUAGCAGCUGAGUUGGAGUGUUGGUGAAUGCUGCAUUGGCUGUGUGAGCUGGUAGGAGCAGGAGGUGAUGUGAGGCAGGGGCAGCAAAGGCCUUCUGGUCUUGUUUUGUGAAGACAUAAAGGUGCUGGAUGGCAGAGGUCAAAUUACUGGUUUUUAAUAAUUUAUAAUAGUCUUUAAUAAUCUUUAUCUACUUCAACAAUCAAAAUUUUCCCAAGCCAGCCAUAUGUCCACGUUAUCUAGUCAGUGGCAGUGUUGGCAGUGGCCUUUGAAUUUCUGAGUUCUGGUUUGAUCUGGGUGAGUAAAUCUUUCUGGAAGGAUGGAAAUAGAGGUGUGGACCCUGCUUGGUAGGGUGCUACUUAUGUUUCUGAACAUUACUCAAAUACAGAUGUUUAGAGUUGUUUUUUAAACUUUAUUCCCAUCUCUGAUGCUUUUUAAAAAGUAUUUUCCAUUCAUAUUGACCACUAAAGUUCUGUGACUCCUGACUUCUGCUUUUACUUUGUCAGUCCUGUAGCCUCUUCCUGGUUUGAAGUCCUGUCUAGUUUUCCUAGUGGUCAUUAGUUUGCAUCUUUCUUUGUGUGUUUGCUAAACUCAACACAUUUCAGUGUUUUCAAAUUUCAGCCCUCCCCAUGGGCAAGCCCAGUUCCUUUCCCCUGAUCAGUACUUUAAUCCUUUGUUCUUCAUCCUGUUUUUCCAGCCCCAUGCCUGUGAUUUCUAGUUUUAGAUAGAUUUUCUUACUGCCUCAAUCAUUCCCAUGACCUUGUCUUUGCUAAAUACUGUUCACUUUAUUAUCUCUCAUUUCUAAAUUCCCUUUCUCUGAUCACUACCUGCUCUCUUUCAGCUUAUCUGUCUUUCUCUCUCCUCUACCCUGUCACUCACUCCUUUUGGGAUCUCCAGUCUAUUAACCUUUUUGACUCCUUCGUCUUCACUGCUGCCUCCUUCCUUCAUUGGCCUCACUUCUUUUUACUCACUGGUCUUUAUUUUUAUCUCUAUCUGGUUCUCUGUACAUGGUUUCUUUUGCUGCUUCUCACACUGCCCUGUUUCCAUUCCUCCCUCCAGACAUAUUCUCUUGUAAUUUCUUAAUUUCCAUUCCAACCUUUCUGAAUAUCUGAAGAGUGUGUCAGCACAACACAGCUUUGGACUCAGCUUUGCUUUACCUACUUCAGUGCUCUUCCCAAAUGGACUUUUAAACCACUUUUAUCUCCCCUUUCUUUUCUUGUUGAGUUUGCUUGCAGAUCUGCAGUUCAUAUUCAUUUUCCAUUCAUUCUUGAUACAAAGUCUUCAGUCCUGAUUUUGUUGCAUGACAAGAUCCUUUUCAAAGUUAUUUUUAUUCUCAUGAUCUGUUUCUCAGCUGAGCUUCUCUGCCUCUUAACUGUGCAAGUUUGCCCUUUUUAUUUCUGUAUCUUUUAUACCUCUCAUUCCUUUCAUUGAUUUACUUCUUCCUUCAGUAGCAGCCAAGUUUCUCCUUCAUCUGUCUUUAUGGGGGUGGCACUAUCAUCAUAACUGUUUCUGGUUUUUUAAUACUUUGUCCUUUUUUCACCCUCUCAUCUGCUUUCAUGUACCUAAACACCCUCUCUCCAGUUUGUUUUUGGAAUUUUUUUUAUGUUGCACUUCAUUUGAACGCCCCAAAAAUCCAGUGCUUCUUCCCCCUAGUCUGGUUCUCCCAUGGUUCUAUCUCUGGAUUAUUCCUUUAGUAUCUAGCCAGCCUCAGACCUGUUCAAAUUCAAAGGUCUAAUUUUUAUUUCUGACUCCCUCUAGACUAUUUUCUAACAUCCCUGACAAUUUUACUUGCCUGUUUUCCAAGGCCACAACCUUUCUAUCUCUGACACUUCUCCCAUGCCUGCGUAUCAAAUGUCUCAGAGUUAGAUGUCUCAGAAUCCAGCCCUCUUCACUAUCUGUUCUUUCUUAUCUUUUAUCUUCACUGAUUUAACCUCUGUGUCAUUUUGGCUUCUUUUCUCCCUUCAAAGUAUCAAAAUUGGCAGGACUAAACUGUCAUUGGGCUUUCACUGUUUUGUGUGCCGAAUGAAGAAGGAACUCCACCAAAUUACUACUUGUUUUGUGUUUUAAAGAGACCUGAAUCCCACAAAUCUGAUCUUAUUUCAGUCCCGUAGAAUUGGAAUAGAUUGCUUCUCCAAGUACAUCAGAAGUCCUUGAAUUUGGGCCUUUAGUUUUCUGUCAUAAAGAGAUAAAGAGAUUUUUCCCUUAAUUUCCCUUUGUAUUUACUGUGUGUGACUUUGUCUUGUCGCUGCACAUACAGCUAACAGUUGUUUUCCUGCUACAGCAACUUGAUUGCAGUGCUUUUAACUAUUGCUUGAAAUAAGAACGUGCCUAAGAGCUUUCCAGGCUGGGCCCAGAGUUGGGCACAACGCUCCUCUCUCUUGCUGUGCCAAGACCCUCCAGGUGCAGGAGUGAGCUCGGUGCUCUGCUGCUUCUCUGCCCACACUGCCCUGACAUAAAACCAAACCAGAGCUGCCUCUGUGGUGGGUGCAUGGUCUGACUUCACACUUCUAGCAGGCUUUCAGAGGUGGAAGAUCUUCAGUUUGCAGAGAUUCACUGUUGGUUAAAUUGUCUGGCCUUUGCUCAUAAUUAUCCUGAGAUUUGUUUGGAUUGAGAAAUUAAAAUCUCUGUAAACCUGAGAAGUUUGGUGUUUUGGAACUGGGAGUUAGAGAGCUCAGUGUUACAUUUGGUGUGGGUAUACACACAUUUGUUGACUUUUUAUUUACACCAGUGUAAUUACCUUGUUUUAGAGGAUCAGUUGUUUGCUGGCACAAAAAUAUUUCUAGUACUUUUCAGGUUUUACAUUUAUUCCUUGUUGCCUGCUUGUAUCACUUUGUGCAGUUUGUUCUUCUACAGCUGCCUUAGUAAUGGGUGUCGGCCUUAAAUCUUUGUCUAAUUGCAAUUUUCUGUCAUAUGGAAUUAAAAAUAGGAAAUGGAGUCCUUCCUGAUAGUUUCACUUGCUUUUCACUUAAACCCUAGCAAUAGAUAGAGGUCCCAACCAGGAACAGAAGUGGUCCCCAGGAGAAAAAGAUGUUCUGGGAUUCCUUGCUUCCUUUCCACCUCCCAGUCCUUGUUUUUCUGGCUUCCCUGGGACACUUGCAGGGAAUAUGGCACUGCCAGUGUAUCGAGAGCCAAUAGAAACUUUCUCAGUGUGGACAGGAGAUCUCCCAGUUGAAGAUGACUAGGAAUAUAUUUGAUAUUGUUAUACGGCUGAUAAUUGCAAAUGUGUAAAUUUCAAUUAAAAAAUCUGCUGUUACAAAAAGAAUUUUAAAUUAUGCAAAGGCCUUUUAAUGUGGUGUUGGUUUUCUUCAGUAAUUUGCUGCUUGUUCCUUUGAUUUCAGUCAUGCUGGACUGUUGUAAAGAUGAUUCAUUAAAGAUGAGUGUUGUUUUUUGUUGGGAGUGGGGAAAACAAGAGGCAUUCACUGAUUUGUUUGUAUUUGGCUGCUGACUGUGCUUGAAUCAAAUUUUAUAAUAAUUCACAUUGGAGUGGAUGUUGAGAGAAGUCUCUAGUCCAUCUUCCUUGUGAGAGCUGAGUCAGUGCUGAAUUCGGAGCAGGGCUUCAGGCUUCAGCAAGAUCUAGAAACCCUCAAGGAGGGUGACUGAGCAUCUUCUGUGGGCAGCCUGCUCCAGUGCCGUGCUGUAAACCUUGUUUGCCUUGUGUGCAGCCAGAAACUCCUCAGUUACAAGCUGUGGCCAUUCUUUGUUCUUCUGCCACUCCUUAAAGGUUCUUUGUAUUGCAAAAAGGUAAGUCUAGUAUUGGGACAAAGAGAGAACUUAGGAUGUUUUAUUUUCUGAAAAUUUGUUAUUGCUAACAAGUAUGUUCAUGUAGUACUUCUGCUCCUGUAUGAUGUGUACACCAUAUUCCUUUGCAACUCGAGUGUAAAAUAAAACUUUUGGCAGUAAAACUUGAUACAAACA